AUGGCUAAAUAUAGAAAUCACUUACCACAGCUUUCCGACGCCUUCUUUAUUACUGAAGGUGGUGUCGAGACUACGCUUAUGUACGCGCACAGUAUUGAACUUCCGUACUUUGCUGCAUUUCAUGUAUUGAAAGAUGAAGUUGGAUGUGAAUUGAUAAGAAAUUACGCCAGCUCUUUUUGUAAUGUCGCUCAAAAACAUGGUAUUGGAUUCAUCUUAGAAAGUGCAACAUGGCGUGCCAACCCUGAUUGGAUGCGAAAACUUGGCUAUUCUGAUCAAGAUGUAAUUGACGUCAACCGUAAGGCUAUCGAAUUACUUGUCGACAUUCGUAAUAAGUUUGAAACAGAAAAAACUCAAAUAGUUAUUGAUGGAUGUAUAGGCCCACGUGACGAUGGAUAUCACCCGAAUGUUUUAAUGACAAUUGAAGAAGCACAAGCGUAUCAUGCGACACAAAUUGAUAUUUUUAGCAAAACUAGCGCAGAUAUGGUGACUGCUUUGACUUUGACCUAUCCUGAAGAAGCUAUUGGAAUCGUGCGAGCUGCAAAGGCAGUUGGAAUGCCUGUGGCGAUUUCAUUUACGAUGGAAAUCGAUGGUAAACUACCAACAGGACAAACGUUAAAAGAGGCAAUUGAGCUCGUGGACGAAGCUACUGAGAGUACGCCUAUCUAUUAUAUGGCUAAUUGUGUGUAUCCCAGUCAUUUUCAGCAUGCUUUAAUCCCCGGCGGAAGUUGGACAGCUAGAAUUCAUGGAAUCAAAGGCAAUGCUUCAAAAAAGAGUCACGCUGAGCUCAAUAAUGCGAAGGAACUUGAUGAAGGAAAUCCAGUGGAAUUUGGUGAGGAUAAUCGAGCACUUUUAGAUAAAUUGACGACUUUGAACAUCAUCGGUGGAUGUUGUGGAACAAAUCUUCGUCAUAUUGAAGAAGUUUGCAAAACAUGCAUCAAUGUAUUCGAUCAAUCGAAGCAUAAUGCUGAUUCAAUCAACAACAUCGACAAAAGCUGA